ACUUUUCACCUUUUUGGUCAUCUCUCUCUCUAUCUGUCUGCAUAUAGAUAAACCUAGCUAGCUAUAAUUAUAAGCUGUUCAUCUGAUCUUUGCUACCUUUUGCCAAAAUUAAACAUGAGCAGCAAUCAUCCUUACUCAUCAUCCACUUACUUCAAUGGAUCUGCUUGGUUCAAUCUUAACCCUAACCCUAAUAUUAAUACUAACUACUAUCACCACUAUUUCUCAUCUCAUCCACCACUUUCUUCUUAUUAUUCAUCAUCUGCUGCUAGCUUCACUACUAAUUAUCAGUUACCAUCAUCUGCACCACCUUCACCACCACUUAGAGAAGCUUUACCUCUCUUGACUUCAAGUCCAUCAAGAACAACACCAAUAAUCAACUUAAAUCUUGAAUACUACCCUGAUGAUCAUCAGGAUACAACUAAUGAUGCAUCUAGUACAAACACCAUGGAGCUAGAGCUAGAUCAUCUCAAAACCAAAACUAAUAAUAAUACUGGUCAUGGUCAUGAUGAUGAGCAUGAAAGUGUGACUGUGGCUUUACAUCUUGGCCUACCAAACACUAGUAGUAGCUUUUCAGAAGCUGAUCUUAUUCCAAGGCUAUCUACAAAUUCUAAUAAUAUUUCAGAAACUACUGAUCAUAAUAAGAAACAAGUUGAAGGAGAAGAAGAAGAGGAGGAGGAGGAGGAAGAAGGUACAAAUAAUAAUGGGUAUCUUACAAGCUCACUCAACAAGGGACAGUAUUGGAUCCCAACUCCAGCACAGAUUCUGAUUGGACCAACUCAGUUUUCUUGCCCUCUUUGCUUUAAAACCUUCAAUAGAUACAAUAACAUGCAGAUGCAUAUGUGGGGGCAUGGAUCUCAAUACAGAAGAGGCCCGGAAUCUCUACGCGGAACACAGCCAACAGCGAUGCUAAGGCUACCAUGCUACUGCUGUGCACCAGGGUGUCGAAACAACAUCGACCACCCUCGUGCCAAACCACUAAAGGAUUUCAGAACCCUUCAAACCCAUUACAAAAGGAAGCACGGGAUCAAGCCGUUUAUGUGCAGGAAAUGCGGCAAGGCGUUUGCGGUGAGAGGAGACUGGCGAACCCACGAGAAGAAUUGCGGGAAGCUUUGGUAUUGUAGCUGUGGAUCGGAUUUCAAACACAAGAGGUCUUUGAAGGAUCAUAUAAAGGCAUUUGGGAAUGGUCAUGCAGCUUACGGAAUCGAUGAUUGUUGCUUUGAAUUAGAGGAGGAAGAAGCUGCUUCUGAGAUCGAACAAGAUAACGAAUCAUCGCAUUGUGAUAAUUAAUCGAUCAUCAAAAGUACGUUGUCACUAUAAGCUAUGCUAGCUAGCUAGCUACUGUUUUUGAGAUAUAUCUUAUCAUCAAGAAGGACCCUCUUUGAUUUUCUAGCAUGUUCACUUUUUAUUUUAUUUUUUUCUAUAUGUAUCUUUUUUACUUAAUUGCUCUUGUUUAGGUUUUUUCUUUAUAAAUUUAAGCGACUUUAUAUCAAGAUGAUUUGUAUAUUCUUUUUCAAGUUCUAAUUUAAGUCUUAUCUUAAUUUCUCUUUA